CCCAUUCCUUCUGUUUUCCAGUGGGUUUGAUCUGCAGGACAUAUUCCAGUAUGGUACUCCUGUUUACAGCCACCUUUACCAUCCUGGUGCUAUCCUCCCUGGACCAGGUGGAGUCUUCAGCCUAUGACAAGAUAGUCACACACAGUCGCAUCAGGGCUAAGAAUGAAGGGCCCAAUGUGUGCGCUUUGCAGCAGGUCAUGGCGACCAAGAAAAAGUAUUUCAGCACAUGCAGUAACUGGUACAAAAAAUCCAUCUGUGGCAAAAAGGCGGUGGCCUUAUAUGAAUGCUGUCCGGGUUAUAUGAAGUUAGAUGGGCACCGUGGCUGCCCAGCAGUGGCUCCUAUUGACACUGUGUUCGGCACUCUGGAUUUGGUGCAUGCCAAGAUCACCCAACAAUCUUUGGAUCUAUCCAAACUGAGGGAAGAACUCAGUGGAGCGGGAUCUUAUACAAUGUUUGCACCCAGUGAUGAUGCCUGGGAAGGUUUAGAUCCUGAAUCAAAAACUGCCUUGGUCAGCAGUGGAAACACUGCGCUUUACAGUGACCUCAUCUAUCACAUUGUCAACAAACGUCUUCUCACCAAGGACCUGAAGAAUGAAAUGACCCUAAAUUCCAUUCAUGACAAUCAUAACCUCUAUAUCAAUCACUACUCAAAUGGAGUUGUCACUGUGAACUGUGCCAGGAUUAUUCACGCCAACCAGGUGGCCACUAAUGGAGUUGUGCAUGUUAUUGAUCGUGUCAUCAGCUUCGUAAAUCCAACAAUCAUGGACGUCAUCCAAACCAAUGAUGAUCUGGCAACACUGAACACCGUUGCUUUAAGAUCGGGACUCCAGGGUCUACUAAGAGAGUCCAGACACUACACACUUUUUGCUCCAACCAAUGAGGCCUUUAGAAAACUAGACAGAGAUGUGCUGGAGAGACUUAUGAGUGACACAACUAUACUUCAAGCCCUUUUGAAGUACCACCUCCUGAACUCAGUCCAGUGCUCUGAGGCCAUUAUGGCGGGCUCCGUCUAUGGGACUCUUGAGGGCAGUAAUAUUGAGAUUGGAUGUGAUGGUGAGAGUCUCACUGUCAAUGGUAUCAAGAUGGUGCUGAAGAAGGACAUUUUCACCAGCAAUGGGGUCAUUCAUCUGAUCGACCAGGUGCUCAUGCCUGACUCAGCCAUGCAGGUGACGGAGCUUAUAGGCAAAUCUCAGAACAUCUUCAGGGACAUGGUGUCUCAGCUUGGCCUGUCUGCCGCCAUGCAGUCUGAGACUGAGUAUACUAUUCUUGCCCCACUGAAUGGAGCCUUCUCUGAAGAGGUAAUGUCCAUGGAUCAGCGUCUCCUGAAAAUUAUUCUGGAAAACCACAUUGUGAAACUCAGAGUCUCUCUGAGUGACCUCUACAAUGGCCAGCUGCUUGAAACCCUGGGAGGAAAACUGCUCAGAGUCUUCAUAUAUCGCACGGCUGUGUGUAUUGAGAAUGCAUGUAUGGUCAGAGGCAGCAGAGAAGGCAGUAACGGUAUCCUUCAUCUCAUGCGAUCACUGAUUCAGCCACGCGAGACAACCAUCUACGAGCAGCUUUUCAAAGACGGACGCUUCAAAAUCUUCCUGUCUCUGAUGGAGAGUGCUGGACUUACAGAUCUACUGAAGCAGGAGGGAUUGUACACACUCUUUGCCCCUAUCGAUGCCGCCUUUGAGACCCUGACAGAGAAAGACAUCGCUCUUCUGAAAAGCGACAUCAACACCCUCAGGACGAUCCUGCUCUACCACUUUAGCAAUGGUGUCUUUAUUAAUGGAGGCUUGGAGGGUGGAGUGACUAACCUUCUGACGACCAUUCAGGGCAACAGCCUUCAAGUGCUGUCUGUUAACCACUCCAUCCAUGUAAAUUCAGUGGAAGUUCCAGAUUUUGAUCUUAUGGCAUCCAAUGGAGUGGUCCAUGUAGUGAAGACCAUCUUAUAUCCUCAAGAUCUGCCAGUUGGCCGUGAAGACAUAUUGGUCCUUCUGAAGAAACUCAUCAGAUACAUACAGCUGAAGUUUGUAUCUGGAUACACCUACCACGAGAUUCCACUUACGUUCAUCAAGAGGACUAUAACUACUCAUGUCAUUGAGAAAGGUCCCGAGGUCAAGGUGGUGACUGGAGAACCAAGCAUCACCAAAGUUACACGAAAGAUCAAAGGAGAUCAUAGUGUCACCAAAGUUAGAAAAGUUGUUGGAAGAGAUCAUAGUGUCACCAAAGUUAGAAAAGUUGUUGGAAGAGGUGCUAGUGUAACCAAAGUUACACGAGUGACGAGUGGUGAUCAGAGCAUCACUAAAGUCGCUGAAGGGAAGCCAUCCAUUACAAAGAUCACAAGGCACACUGAAACUCACAGUUCAUCAUCUGAUGGUGAAAUUGACACUGAGGGAGAAACAAAGAGACUCAUGGGUGAAGGACCAGAUUUCUCCAAGAUAGUAACUUUAAAGGGCAGUCCAGACCUCCAUGAAUCAGAAUCAGAGAGAAGCACCAGAAUCAUCAAGAAGGGCCAUUCUAAAAAACGAGCUGCCAUCAGACAACCACAAGGAUCAAGGCAAAGAGUGAGACUGGUCAGGCAUGACUCCAGACCCAGUCAGUAAGAUGAAUGGAGGCUGUACCUGAAGAUCCAGCUAAAGUGAAAGACGUGUUGCAGAACAGUGUGUUUGUCCUGCAAAUACACUUUUACUAACCGCAUUGAAUGUUAACCCAUUAGAAACCAAUGCAGUAAUAUCUAGAUCUGUGUGGCACACACCCCACUUCAACUCAGAAAAGGGGUACUUGAAAUAAUUGUAGUUAUAAAGAGAGAAAUUUGACUUUUUUAUAGCUGUUUAUAUUGCAUUAUACAGACUAUAUACUGUAUGAGCCUUGACAUUGAGCUUGUCAUGCACAUGAUAUUUUGUGGUGCUUGCAUUCAGAGACAUGAAUGUGUUUUUAUCUUUUAAAGAUCAGCAAAGCUUUGGCUGUUAAGUUCACUGUAAAUUAUGCAGAUUGUAACUUUCCAUCUGUUUCUAAUUUUCUGUUCA